ACUGUAGACUAAAAAAACAGAAAACGAAAGAGAAAAAGAGUUCAAGAUUUGAUACAACACACCAAGAAUAAAAUUUCUCUCUCUGUCCCUCAUUUGAUUAAAAGCUUCACAAAACGCCAAACAAACAACAGUAACCUUCCACCUCUCUGUCAGUUCUUCUUACUUUGGGUUCUUGAACGGAUCCUUUUUGUUUCUACUUUAAUGGAAGAGAACAGUUAGUUCCAAGUACAUGGGGUCCAUACAGAUUUCUGGGUCACUCUUAUUUUCCUCUCUAAUGCCAUCUUUCUUGUGAUGCAACUUUUGUUUCUUUCUUGUUUGUCAAAAGGGGGAAGCUAAGCUAAAGCUAGGGCUUUUUCUAUUACUGUUUUGUCAAAAGAGAUGCAAUCGGAUAGGUCCGAUUCUUCGGGUCCGAUAACCCAACGUGUCAACUCUUUGCCAUCUGCUACUGAUACCAGAGGAAAACAUAGGAUACAAGCAGAGGUCAAGCGGCUUGAGCAAGAAGCUAGAUUUUUGGAGGAAGAGUUGGAACAGCUUGAUAAGAUGGAAAAUGCCUCAGCUGCAUGCAAGGAAAUGCUGAUGAACGUGGACACAAGACCAGAUCCACUACUGCCAAUAACAAAUGGCCCUCUAAACCCAUCAUGGGAUCGAUGGUUUGAAGGUCCGCAAGAAUCGAAAGGUUGCAGAUGUUGGAUUCUCUGAUGCUGAUGGCUGAGUUCAAGCAGUACGAGUUCGAUUGUUAAUCGUUGGCGGAGACUUCAACUUAUAGACAUGCAACAUUUUUCAGCAGUGCUUUGUCAUUGGCACAUGUUUAACAUAAUGCUUCAUUUUGUAGAAAAUAAUAGUUUUAUAGCAAUAUUUUCUUCAUUUUCAAAUUUAUAAUGAAAUGCUUCAUUGUGCAACA